UUAGGCGUUCCAUUUGUUGGCCUCGACCCCGAGUGUGCUAGUGAUUGCAGCGCAGUGGUCAGUGUCCGGUCUGUCACACGGGACUCCUCCUGGAGGAGCUGGCAUAUAAAAACCAGCCCGUCGCUCCUCGCGGUCAAAGUGAUACUCGGGCUGGUCCUGACGUUUCUGUGCUGCGCUUCAUGGAUUCUUCCUCAGUGCAGCAUCCUCAUCCGUGUCCAGCUCAGCAGAACUAACCCUGCGUUCCUCCAGCAGCCGUCACACCGCUCUCUGCUCUCCUAAUUUCCUUACAUUGACUGGCGCAUCAUCUCAGCUGCCAUGGCAAACCGGGGCCCCAGCUACGGACUGAGUCGAGAGGUACAGGAGAAGAUCGACCAGAAGUACGACCCAGACCUGGAGCACAGGCUACUGGACUGGAUAGUGGCCCAGUGUGGUGGAAGCAUGGAGAGACCACAGCCCGGCAAACAGAACUUCCAGAAAUGGCUGAUGGAUGGAACAGUUCUAUGCAGACUCAUCAAUAGCCUUUACCCAAGAGGAAAGGAGCCAAUCAAAAAGAUCCAGGAAACUCAAAUGGCCUUCAAACAAAUGGAGAAGAUCUCUCAGUUCCUGCAGGCGGCCGAAGCUUAUGGAGUGACGACCACUGACAUCUUUCAGACUGUAGAUCUGUGGGAAGGGAAAGACAUGGCUGCAGUGCAGAGGACUCUCAUGGCUCUGGGCAGUGUGGCUGUCACUAAAGAUGACGGUCAUUACAGAGGUGACCGGGACUGGUUCCAUAGGAAAGCCCAGGGAUACCGACGUGAGUUCACUGACGAACAGCUGCGCCAAGGAGAGUCUCUGAUUGGCCUUCAGAUGGGUAGCAACCGUGGAGCUUCUCAGUGGAGCUUCUCAAUCAGGUAGGACAGGCUACGGUAUUCACCGUCAGAUAAUGUAGACCACCUCCUACCCACCUGAGCGUCUUCUUGGCUUCCAACCUUUAUUUUCUACUAAUUCCACCAAGUGUUGUAGCCCAGAAACCUUUCCUGUCCUGCGUAGUCCGUACCAUGUUAACCUCAACCUCCCUGGAAUUGCUGCACCUCCCAGAUGGUGUUCAAACCUCACCCUCGAGAAAAUGAUGAUGUCAGAUCCUGUAGACCUUCUACAAGUUGUUUACCCUUAUGCCAUGUGCUAUUUGCUCCCUAGCAGUGGUGACUGUUAUCUGACUGUUUUUUUGUUUUUUUUAAAAAACAAGCCAUCAGUGUAAGCUAACCAUCACAGUAUGUUUUAUGUUUUGUACCGCCACAAUCCUGUUAGUUGAAAAUGAUCAUCAUUAGCCGUUCCUCUUUUACACUGUGAUUAUUUUUUUGGCCUUCACCCUAUGGAACUUCGCUGACGAUGUCUCUGCUAUCUCGUCUAAAGACUUGUUGCAGUAUCCUCUGUGACCAAAUCGACCUCACGUUGUGCCUGGUUUUGGGACGACAGAGACCGGGUCCUGAUUUUAUCGGCCUCGAAUUAUAGAUGAGUUUCAUUCCCUCUGAGCCACACACUUUGUUAGAUCAGAAAUUAUUUGUCCAUAAUGUAUUCAUUCGGUGUCCAGGCGGGUAGCUCCAUGUGCAGUAGCCAACAUGUACGACAGUCAAGUAUCCAUUUCUGGUGACAAAUAUAACGACACCGCUUUAAUGUGCACAUUUAUGUGUUGUCAUGUUUAUAUUUUGGAAUAUAUUUAUAAAUGGAGGCUUGUAAAGAGAAUAACCUGACUAAAAUAAAGCAGAAGAACAUAUAGUAUAUUCACACGG